GUCGCCGGCACGCCCCCCACGACCCACUCAGCCACUAUCCCCCCACAGCUUUUGCAACGCCGCGAUCGAAUGCGUACGCCGGCGGGCGGCGGAUGGCUGCUGCAGCCGCGGGGCAGGAGCAGCAAGCUCACACAGAGGACCAUCAACAACAUCAGGUUCACCCUGCUCUGCGCCUUCGUCACGUUCCUCGUCCUCCGCGGCACCGUCGGCGUCAACCGCCGCCUCGUCUACAUCGCCGGCUCCGACCGCGCGCCGCCCGGCGCCAAGGCCGCCGAGGACAUCGAGCGCAUCUUCCGCGACAUCCGCGCCGACUCCGACCCCGACCCCGACCCCGAACCCAACGACGACGGCAACACAUCGCCGUCGACCCCGGCAACGCGGUACUACGACCACGGCAGCGCGUGGUCGACGGCGAACUACAGUCUGGGGCCGCGGGUCACGCGGUGGAACGCCAGGCGCCGGCGGUGGCUGCACCUGAACCCGGGGUUCCCGUCCCGCGAUGCGCGCGGCAACCCGCGCGUCCUGCUCGUCACGGCCUCGCCGCCGGGGCCCUGCGACGACCCCGCCGGCGACCACUUCUUGCUCCGGGCGACCAAGAACAAGAUCGACUACUGCCGCAUCCACGGCAUCGAGCUCGCGCACAUCACUGCGCGCCUCGACGGCCAGCUCACGGGCGGCUGGGCCAAGCUCCCGCUGCUGCGCCGCCUCAUGCUCGCGCACCCGGAGGUGGAGUGGCUAUGGUGGGUGGACGGCGACGCGCUCGUCACCGACAUGGGGUUCGAGCUCCCACUCGCGCGCUACGAGGGCGCCCACCUCGUCGUCCACGGCAAUUCCUACCUCCUCUUCCAGCUCCGCUCCUGGGUCGCCGUCAGCACCGGCAGCUUCCUGAUCCGGAACUGCCAGUGGUCGCUGGAGCUGCUCGACGCCUGGGCCGUGAUGGGGCCCAGAGGCCGCGCCCGCAACGACGCCGGCAAGCUGCUGACGGCGACCCUCCAUCGACGGCCGGCGUUCGAGGCCGACGACCAGUCGGCGCUCAUCCACCUGCUGAUCACCGAGAAGGAGCGGUGGAUGGAGAAGGUGUACCUCGAGAACGAGUACUAUCUGCACGGCCACUGGUCGGGGCUCGUCGAUCGGUACGAGCAGGCGAUGGAGAAGCACCACCCGGGUUACGGCGACGACCGGUGGCCGUUCGUCACGCACUUCGUCGGAUGCAAGCCUUGCGGCGUCGGCGGCGUCGGCAGGUCAGUCAGGAGCGGCGGCAAUUCCAGUGACGAGUACCCGCUGGACCGGUGCGUCAGGGGAAUGGAACGCGCCUUCAACUUCGCCGAUAACCAGGUUCUCCGGCUGUACGGCUUCCGGCACGAGUCGCUGGCGAGCGCCGAGGUCAGGCGGGUGACGAACCGGUCGGCGAACCCGCUGGAGGCUAAGGAGGAGGCUAUCUCUUUCUUGAAGAAACCCAAGGACCCGGAUGUCAAGAGCCAUGAUGUACGCAGAAAUCGAAAGCGCAAAGGAAAGGGAGACUCUGUUCUUGAAAGAAUUCUGAAGAGACUGGGAUGGACGCCGGAGUUUUGAUGACUUUUUCAUUUUUAAUGUUCUUGUAUUUCGGUUUGCAGUAGCUAGAUCUAGCACACACAGGAAGGAGAACAUACAUCAAGUGACUUGCUGUUACUUGUUGGUUGUUUUUAUUCCGGGUUCAGGACAAAUGAACUGGUCCAACCGGCUGGU